CUCUUAUUGCAGUGCGCUUGCGCGGCGGCGGGCGGAAGCAGCGCAGGAGCCGAACUGCUGACAUUUUACAGAGUUUUUAAAGUUUUGAACGGGUUCGAUCCGGACUGUUCUGGUGUGACGGAGUGAUCCCGGUCCCGGUGUGAACGUCCCCCCCCCCACACUGCGGCGGGUCGCUGUUAGCCGUUAGCCUGUUAGCUUCAGAGUGAGGUAACUUCAGCCAGUUCCAGUAAAAACAUGUCGGCAGGAGACCCGAGGGGACGGUUUCUCUACGAGCUGCCGCCCUCCGUCCUCUGGGAGUUCUGCCUGCUCAUGGACGGACUGUCGGACCUGGACUGGACUCGCUUCGCCUCAGAAGUCCUCAAGGAUCAGACCGCCGUACGAUUGGCUGAGAGGAGGGAGAGGCGGACUGACUGGGUGAUGAACAGAUGGGAGAACAGGAACGGUCGUGUCUGGGAGCUGAUCGACCUAUUGGAGCGCCUGCAGCUGCUCCGCCCCCGUGAUGUCAUCCUGGGCUGGGCGUCCAGUCUGAAGCUCUCGGUCUCUCCUCCUCCUCCUCCUCCUCCUCCUCCUCCAGUCUCUCUCUCUCAGUUUGACCCUCCUCCCAAACAGUCUGAGGCCCCGCCCACACUAAGCACCUGCAAACUGAGCACUACAGUAGAUCAAGGAGGAGGCAGACCACUUCCCAGACCUGCCCCGCCCCCGUCCAGUCUGCAGUCUGACCUCCACCAGCCCCCCCAGCCCCCCCUGGUGGUGGCGUGCAGCAGCAGCAGCAGAGUGAUGUGCUGGUCGUAUGAAGAGGUGCAUGCUGGGACGAAGGGGUUCUCCCCCUCCCUGCAGGUGGGGGAGGGGGGGUUUGGAGUCGUGUACAGAGCGUCUCUGAGGAACACCGACUGUGCUGUCAAGAGAUUCAAACAGGACUGUCUGCUGGACUGGACUCUGCUGGAGGAGAGCUUUCAUACUGAAGUGGACAAACUGACAAAAUUCAGACACCCGAACAUCGUGGAUCUGCUGGGUUUCAGUGAAGGACAAGGAUCAGUGUGUCUCAUCUACAGCUACAUGGAGAACAGAUCACUGGAGGACCAGCUGCAGAAGGAGGGUGUGUCCCUCUCCUGGUCUCAGAGAGUCGGUGUUCUUGAAGGAGCAGCAACAGCUCUGCAGUUCCUCCACUUCCCCCCCGACGGACACAAACGGCUCAUCCACGGAGACAUCAAGAGUUCAAACAUCCUGUUGGACCGUCACCUGGUGGCGAAGCUGGCGGACUUCGGUCUGGCUCGGUUUGCGUCUCGCAGCUCGUCGGGACGCUCGGCAGCUCAGACGGCAUCGGUUGGUAAAACGGCGAUGGUUAGAGGAACACUGGCGUACCUGCCUGAUGAAUAUGUGAGGAACGGAGAGCUGGGGACCGCUGUGGACGUCUACAGCUUCGGAGUGGUGCUGUUGGAGGUCCUGACUGGUCGUCGAGCUCUGGAGAAAGACAGGAAGUCAGGAGAGAGAUACCUGAAGGACCUGGUGGAGGAGGUGGAGGACAGUCCGUCGUCUGCAGCAUCCUGGAGGAAGCAGCUGGACCACCGGCUGAUCCCAGGGGGCGCUGCAGAGCCCGCUGGCUGCAUGGAGAUGGUGGCUCUGGCCUGCAAGUGUCUGGACAAGAAUAGGAAGAAGAGACCGGCCAUGACCGAGGUGUUUGACAAACUUCAGGACAUCCACAAAAUCGUGAGGAAGACCGGCGCCUCUUCCUCCCCCCUACAUCACCCUUAUCUUCAGCCCCCCUCCCAGUCCUUCCCCAGACCACCCCCCUCCCUGGACUCCAGUGUGGGAGCUCUGUCAACCCAGCUGUCCAAACUGGGACCACUGGAGGACACCUACCAGCCCCCCCAGUCCUCUCAGUUAUCCUCCUCCUCUUUCUGCUCCCUCACCCCUCCUCACCCGCUGCACUCCUCCUCCCUCCCCCCUCCCUCCUCCUCGUUCGCCGGUCCCUGUGAAACUGAUGAGAGCCGAGGUUUCUCCCAGUACGACCUUCGCUCCCAGUUCAGAUCUAACGGGACCAGUUCCAGGUCUCUGUCUCCAUCCACCAGAGACCAGUAUCACAUUCCAGCUGGGCCUGGAGAGUCCCAGUUUAGCCAGCCUUCUGUCCCCACUGAAGACCAGUACAACUUCCUUCCCCAGGCCAGCAGCACCAGUGACGGAUCAGGGGACCUCACAGGGGCCCCCACAGGUCCAGACACCAGAGAGCAGACCACAGCAGCGGCUACAGCAGGGCUCUAUGGUGUCCCAGAAUGCCUCUCUCCCAUGGAGUCCCUGCAUUCAUCGUCCCCGGGGCCCUCAGUCCACGUGAAUCUCAGUAAGCAGCGUUUCCUGCAGAAGAAAACUCUGUACGAGGAGGGAAGGAUUCACACCGCCGAGCUGCUGUCGUCCGACGACCUCUAUGGAGGGAGGAGUUCUGUGGAGCUCAGAGGCCCGGAGGAGAGCGACGAGCUGGAUUAUCUUCCCGCUGAACACGACUGAUGCUCUUUUACCGACUCGACACAAACCGGGGCAUCUGGUUCCGAAGGACCGGAGGCGGACAGUCGGACGCCGCCGCGCGGCGGUGACCUGCUCCCACCGUGUUUGUGUUGUAAACCUGCUGAAGGCCGCAGCUUCACCGGCUGCAGACGUCUGCCGAGUCCGUCUGAUGCUCGCUGGUUCCGGCUGCGCCUCGAUCCCGUCGCCUGGACGUGACCGGCUGGAGAAUCGACACGUGAAGCAGCACUGAAACUUUUCUCUCUACGCUCAAGUUAAUAAUUACUCACAGAACCAAAGAUUUACACGGAGGUACGACGACAUCAUCGCGUUGGCUUGGACUAUUUAUUCACAUCUGUUUACUGAUUUUGGAAUUCAGACAGAAACUUUUAUUAUUUGUAAUUCUUUGUCAGAAAAUGCAGAAAUACAAAAUAUAUAAUAUUUGAAUGUAA